AUGCAGGCACUCAGGAAUGGAAAGGCUUAUGCUGAGGUGGCAGCUGUCGGCCUGCUGAGGUCGGAAGUGUUGCCGCCCGGUGUCAGCAACCAACAGCUACUUCGCGGGGUGGGCGGAGAAGACACGAAGGCUCCGCCAGAAGAAAGCGAAGAUGAGUCCGACGAGCCAUCAAGACUGAGAAAGGCCGCCGAGUGGGUUCGCGAAAACCCCGGGACGACUGUUUGCUAUGGCGUGAGUGCAGGCAGUCUUGUCGUUUUGGCCGCACCAGCUCUCGUCGCUGCACCAGCCCUGGGACUUGCGGGCUUUGGCUCGCAGGGAAUAGUCGCCGGCUCUGCGGCAGCAGGCAUCCAGGCCGGAAUCGGGAACGUCGUGGCGCCGAGCCUAUUCGCUACCCUCCAGAGCGCCGGAGCGGCUGGCUACGGUGCCGCGGUCGUCAACGGAGCGAUACAGGCGGGCGCUGGGGUCUCUGCUACUGCGUUUGCGUGGUGGGGGGCAAAGAAGAAAGAUUGUGGAGAGAAUGGCAAGGAGGAAGAGGUAGGCGGGGAUAAGAAGCCAAGUGCCUAG